AUGGAGAAGAUCCCAGAGCUGGAGAAGGUGAAUUUACAGGAGGCAUGCCCAUUGGGCCAGCUGCACAAGGCCAUUACAGUGAGGAGGACAUCAUCUGGAGAAGCCUCUAUGAGAAGAUUCCUCCAAGUCCUCCUGUUCCUCUGCUCCCUGGGGCAGGAGCACACAGCCCCGGCCUGCAGGCUCCAAAGCUGGGACAUGGAGUCAUUCUCCCAACCUGGAGAUGUUCUAAUUGGGGGAGUGUUUGUCAUCCACUCUGGUUUUGAACUCCAAAGGCCAACUUUCCAGGAGAUGCCCCAGCCAGCUUCAUGCAAGGACUUCCAGAUCCGAUAUUACCGGGAUGUUCUGGGCCUGAUGUUUGCUAUUGAUGAAAUUAAUGGUUCUGCUGAUCUCCUGCCCAACAUCACCUUGGGCUUCAGGCUGGUUGACUCUUGUAUGUGUGAGCUCUGGGCAAUUGGUGGUGCUCUAACUGUCAUGUCGGGGAUGAGGAAUCCAAUUCCCGGAUAUAACUGCCAUGCAAACUCUCUCAUGGCUGGGAUUGUUGGAGAACUGGUCUCUGCCCUCUCUCUGCCCAUUGCCAGGGUACUCGGGGUCCUACACUUCCCACAGGGAACACAAUUACUACUACUAAUGUCUCAUUUACAGAUCAGCCACGGAUCAACCCUCUCAGCUCUGAGCAACAAGAUGAACUUUCCCUCGUUCCUCCGCACUGUGCCCAGUAACAUGUUCCAGAACGUGGCUCUCACCCGCCUCAUAGGCCUCUUUGGCUGGACCUACGUAGGGAUGUUGGUUGUGGACAAUGAUGUUGGGGAGCAAGGGGGACAGGUUAUUCAGGCUGGGAUAGAGAAGUCUGGCAGUUGUGUAGCAUUUCUGGAGAAGAUCCACUUGAGCUACUCUCUGGUUCAGAUACAAAGUGUGGUGAAUGUUAUCAAGAAGAGCUCGGUCAAUGUAAUUGUUCUUCACAGCCCUGAGGUCCAUGUAAAGGUUCUACUGGAUUCAUUGUAUGAUGAAGGGCUGACACACAAAAUCUUCAUUUCUUCGGCUUCUUUUGGACUUACACCUGGUGUUUUCUCCAGAAAGGCAUGGAAAGUAUUAAAUGGGACGAUUGGAUUGAUUCCUAAUACAGGCGCCAUGCCAGGUUUUGAGCAAUUCCUCGGUUCCCUUCACCCAUCGAGAUCCAAUAAAUACCCCUUGAUAAGGACACUCUGGGAGAAAGCUUUUAGCUGCCGAUGGCCAAGGGGAGAGACACAGGAGAACCAGACAAACCUGACAGGGUUACUAGCACUUUGCACGGGGGAGGAAGACCUGAGAGGGUUGAUCCCUUGGUUAUUUGAGAUGAAUGACCUCAGUUACACGUAUCAUGCCUACCUGGCAGUAUAUGCUUACGCCCAAGCUCUGCACUCACUGCUCAUGUGCCAGACGCCCACUGACAAUCCUCCCUACAGAAUGUGUGCCAAUGUCAGGGACACGCAACCAUGGCAGGUAAAUGAGCACCAAAUACAGAACUACAUAGUCCUCUGAAACUUUCUACACAAAUGUGUCAAACCGGCUAUGGUACUUUUAGAGCAACAAUGACAAAGCUUAUUUAGUUUAUAGUUAAUGUUGUACAAGGUUAACCAGUGCAUAAAUAUACAAAAUGAUAUAACAAUAGGAACACAUAAAAUAUAUACAGUAAUUGCAGAACAGUAAAUAAAAAAGAAAGAAUAAAACACUGGGAAACCC